CGGGAGCGGCAGCUCGGAGGCGGCCGCCGCUCGGGGGAAAGAUGAGCUUGUUGUCAGCCAUCGACACCAGCGCCGCGUCCGUGUACCAGCCCGCCCAGCUCCUCAACUGGGUCUAUCUCUCGCUGCAAGACACGCACCAGGCCAGCGCCUUCGAUGCCUUCCGCCCCGAGCCCUCCUCCUCGCAGCACCCCGACCUCGGCUACACCAAGAGUCCCCCGGAGCUGGGCUCCUCGCUCAGCUCCAGCUAUCUCAACAGCUUCUUCCAGCUCCAGCGCAGCGAGGCUCUGAGCAGCAGUCUGUAUAAGAGUGCAUCUCCUUAUGGCUCUCUUAACAACAUAGUGGAUGGGUUAAGCUCCCUUACUGAGCAUUUUUCUGACCUAUCCCUUUCUUCAGAAGCCAGAAAACCCAGCAAGAGGCCACCUCCCAACUACCUGUGCCACCUCUGCUUUAACAAGGGACACUACAUCAAAGACUGCCCACAGGCUCGUCCCAAGGGAGAAGGCCUGACCCCAUACCAGGGCAAGAAACGCUGCUUCGGUGAAUAUAAGUGCCCCAAAUGCAAGAGAAAAUGGAUGAGCGGAAACUCCUGGGCUAACAUGGGACAAGAGUGCAUCAAGUGCCACAUCAACGUUUAUCCUCACAAACAGAGACCCCUGGAAAAGCCGGAUGGCCUGGACGUUUCAGACCAGAGCAAAGAACAUCCCCAGCACCUGUGUGAGAAGUGCAAAGUUUUGGGCUACUACUGCCGCCGUGUGCAAUAAACCUUCCAAGUGGCCUCUUCCCGUCCCCCUCAUCCUUAAAGAUCCUCUGACAGCACACGAUCAAGAGCAACACAACACAUCAAGAUAAAAGCUAAAAUAAUUGCCAAUAUUGCCUAUCUAUAACCUAACAGUAUGCCUUACCUUUAACGGAAUGUAACAUUUCUCCUGUGUAUGCACACACAUGCAACAGGUAUUUACAGGACUAUGGUGAAUUUGUAUACAUACAUAUAUAUGUAAGCUUACAUAUAUAUAUGUACACACGUAUAAGCAUUACUGAUAGUGUUCACAACAGAACCACAGUUGCAGGUUCUGCUGAUUGUUUACACAGACCCUAUAUCAUGGUCAGGUGAAAUGAAGUACUAUUCUUUAGGCAAGAUAUAAUAUUCACAAGGACUAUAUGUGAUAAAUGGGUUUUGCAGAGGUGAAAUAACUGUGGGGCCACUAAUUAAAAGCACUCACCCACGACAGGAAUAUUAUUCCUAUUAUAUGACAAGACAAAAGGAGAUUAAACAAGCCACAGCAUAAAAGAAGGAAAAUAAUUGUUUUCCCAGUUUUUGAAAGUCUGAGAGUUUUGUGUUGCUGCUUUCUUGGACUUUUCUAUUUGUUAGUGUCACUCAGGCAGGGCUUAGGCAAAAUCAUUUUUUGCAAUUUUGAGGCAAAAAAAAGUGAAUAAUUGUUUGAGGGUGUGGUUGUACAGAAAGGGAAUGCCAUAAUGGGACCCAUAGCAUCGGGAAGGAUUCCAAGAGGUUUUUGGAGGAGAUAAAAUUGGCUUGGUUGUGUGACUAACAGAUCUUUCUCUUGUCAUAUAAUUCUGCUACAAGAGGUUUUGCAUGUGUAUGCGCUAUUCAUUAGGCUGCAAGCACACUAAAUUUACUGUGAAUAAAGGGGGAUAAGAAUGCUUAAAAUUGUCCUCCAAAUCCAUAAUUGAACAAUUAGCCAAACUUACUAUUUAUAAUAGUUUUAAAGCCACUUUCUGGAAAUAUUUUUUAUGUCCUGUUUUCUACUGUACAAAUUUGUUACAAUGUAAAACUUUUUAGCCAUAAGGUGUUAUGAGGUAUGAAGAACACUCUUUAUAAUAUUCCCACUUUCCUGUCUUCCUGAAACACCUAUUUACCUUAGGAGAAAUGUAGGAGUUAUAUUUGGUUGUCCCAUUUCAGGUGGAACUUUGGGCAGGGUGAUCCUGUUGCAAAGUAGUAUCUCAUCAGGGAUGAGCUGAAAGUACCUCGAGACAGUAUCCUGUUUAUAUGUCUGUAUAAGAAUACAUGGGCAUAAGGACAAAACAAGCAAUUCACUGAGAAAACUUACAGGGAUAAUGGUUUGUGUGGUUUUAGGUUUGGGUUUUGUUUGUUUUUUUUUUAAAAAAAAAACAAAAAACAUUUCUAUUUUUGUGAGGUUUCCUUUAGAGAUUGAUUUGUGUGAAUACUUAGUGGAAAUAUUUAAAAUCCUACAUAACUUGAUGUGAAUUAAAUCUGUUUUGAGGAUUAAUUCCACAGUACUAAUACAGAGAGGGUUUUGUGCCAAGUAAUACCAAAACAUAACCAAUAAGUACAGUCAAGCUCUUGUAAAGCGAACUGAAAACUCAGUGAGCAUUCCUGUAGGAAAUGUGAAGGUCUUUAGAAUUUGUUCUAAGGUGAAACUUCGACCAUUUCUCUGCUUUGUUCUAAACAGGGCAGAAUAGUUUCUGCUUAUUCUGGUGGUAGGGUAAUAUACAUAUCUCACAAACUGCAUUAUUUAUGUGUAGCCCAAGUGACACAGCCCACUGGUCAGUCUGAUGAAAAAGCCUUGGGAUUUGUUGAUUCUGACCAUGACUCCUGCAUUAGCUCCCUGGCUGUGGGCAAGUCACGAGAUCCUUCUUGGACUUCAGUUCCCCCAGCUGCAAAAGGGGGGUAAUCGUACUUCAGUGCACCUACCUCACAGCAGUGUUGUGAGGCAUACUCAGUAUCUAUUAGCGUUUUGACAUCACUGGAUGAAAAAUGCUAUGUAAUUCUAAAAUCUUAAAGAAAAUUAAUCACUUUGAAACUAGUUUUGCCAAGAUGGUAGUUCUAUAAACUAGAGUAGCUGAAGAAUAAUAUUAUUGAAUGUUAACACUAAUAAGAGAUCUCAGUUACGUCAGUCAAGAUAUACAGUUUCAGCUUUUUCAAAUAAAAAUGCAUUCUUUUGCACAGAUUCAGAAAAAAAAUACCUUAGAGAAAAACAAAGAUACUAACUUGCCUAUAAGAGAAUAAAAUACACAGGUGAUUUUGAGGGUGGAUUUUAAAGCUUGUUAAUCUUGAUAAUUAGUUUCCAGCAUGCAUGCUUUUACUGAAAGAAUAACACAUUAAAUCCAAUUAUUAUUUUUUUUUUUUCCUUUUUGAGCGCUUAACAGAACAUGAACAGAAAUAUCCUUGGUGUUUCAUAUCCAACUAAAGGACAAGUAGAUGAACACCAUCAGGAGAAAAUCAGAGAAUUAUUUUUCUCCGUAACGUUGCUGCCAAGCAUUUUGUUUUUAAAUAAUUCCUGCUUUUUAUAACCACUAAAUCAGUAGAAUAGCACAUCCCAUGGUAUAGCUACAUCAACAUAGAGCAUACCAGCAGAUACUGAACAAAGGCCAAUUGCCAAUGCCAUUAUAUGCAAUCAUCGCUAUUCUCAUGACAGUGUUCUCUUAAAAACUGUUUAUCCAGAUUCAGUGUUUCAUGGUGGUGCUUUUAGGUUUUAUUUUAAAAUAAACUUCCUAAAAAUAUAUGUGAUCAACUUCAACAUACUUAACAACUCUCCAUGUAGAGUAACAGUUCCUAAAAGUAGAGUUAAAAGAGUUCCAUAUUUAUAUCACAUUUUUCCAGGUAGAAGACAAAGUAUGUAAGAAAUAUUAAGCAUAUCUAAAAUAUCUAGGAGGAAAAUCUAUUUUCCCCUGCACUUGUGCUGGGGAAGAACAGAUUAAAAAAAUGUGGGGAGAAGCUAGAAGCCAGACACUGCCCUACUUUGUCCUGCCGAACUUGGACUGCAGCCCCCUGGGGCUGGAAGCAGCGUGCUGAUCUCACUGUCUCUGCUGGAGCUGAGAGGCAAGGGGUGGGACAGGAGAGCACUGGGAACCCAGACAGGAUGUCCUUGUCCUUGUGUCUGCGGGGCUCAACUCAAACUUCCCCUAGAAUGCAAGGCAACCCUGUUUUCUUUCCUGCUCAGGGCCUCUCUCUAGCAAGCUGGUGGCUGAGGAAGCAUGAAUGAGGUUCCUCCAUCCCUUCUGCCAAGGUUUGCUCAUAGGAGCAUCUGCUCCAUGCUUUUCUGUAUGCUUGGUGUCUUGCUGGAAGAACACGCAGCUCUAAGAACCAGACAAUAUCUUGUGGUCAUUGGCACAGAAAGAAAACUUCUUAAUAUCAAUUUCACAUCAAAAAAAAUAGAAAACAAAUUGCCUAUAAUUUUAUCUUUUUUUAAAUUUAAAAAAAAAAAAAAGGUGAUUUACCCAUAGGCUAAACUCCUUCCAAACUGAAAAAAUACAACCCUAGAAGUCAUACUUUGAGUGGGAAGAGGAUGAGUUUAUUUACCACUUGUAUUUUUAGGAAUACUUUUUUGAUGUUCUCUUUAAAUAGCUCUACAUUUAGACCAUUAGCUAGUAUUCCUCAAAGGGAUUUUUAAGCAGCUAUCAGAAACAAAGCUGUUCCAGUAAAGAAAUUUAAAUCAGUGCAGGUCUCCCUAAAUAGAGUAUUCUCAGGGACGUACCUGAAAUAAAUUUCUCUCUCUGCCUUUAUCUGUCAAGCCCAGUUUUAAACCUCAUCAAAUGCUUGCUAUUAUCUGCCCACCUACAGAUCCAUAGGUCCAUCCAGCAUGCAGCAGUUUUUUGGGGAUGAUUUUCUUACAUUUUCCUCCUCCUUCAGAUUUUUUUUGGUUCAUUUGUUUCUUGAAAAAUAUAUCUCAUAUUAUUUCUUUAGUUGGUCUGAACAUUUCACAUGAAGUUUUUCUUUGGCAUUGGCCCUGCACUGGAGAAAAUUAUUGGGAAUCCAAAAUAAGUAGCAUAGGCUUUAGCUGUUUUAACUUGAUGCAGCUCCUUUGAAGUUGUUACAAAUAUUUCCUUUCAUGACAAUGAAAGAAAUCCCUGUAGCUUAAAGGAUGGCCCCCUUUUAGCCAGUUUCUAUUGCUGCUAUGGCUGGCAUAAAAUGAUGCCACACAAGAAAAAAUUGAGGCCUUCCUGUUGCCUCUUAGUUUCAAAUAAAUACACAAGAGUAUAUAUUAUUUCUGAAAAUAAGUGUAUUUUAAAUUCCCCAUUAUAUGGGACACAAUUUGUAAACUAAAAAUGUGAAUUCACAGCUGUCUGAAAGAAGCCUUUUAUUAAGAAGUGCUCUCUAUAUUUUACCUUUUGUAUAACGUGACAUUUAGAUUAAACAUGGGUUGCAUACCUGACAAGAUCUAGCCGUUAUUUCCCAAAUAAAACUACUUUUAAAAUAGUAAGAAGCUUUUGGAAAUGUCAGCAUUCAUAGAUUAGUUCUCUAUGUCCUGCAGUCAAAUGGAAUACCAUUUUUUUCUCUAGUGUGGAUGCUAAGAGUUAUCCACUGAAUCGAUUGCAAUGAUUUCAAAAACACAUGUUUAUGAUUUAAGUGAAGUGACGUACACUUUCCAUUUGCCUUUGCCAACGUUUCAAAAUGUGAUGGAACUAUCCCCACACAAAAUCAUCCUCUAAGAUAUCACUCUGCUCCAGAUCAGGCUUCAUCACAUCUCCUUCCUAUCCGCAAAACCACUGCUGUCCAUUAAUGUUGCUAUUUUGCUGAAGUGCUCAGAGGGCUGGUCAAGAUCUUAGACAUAGGGAUGAUGGUUUGUGUUUCUAGGAUGAAUUUCAAAGGGACAAUCGUGUGCAGUUACUAGCUAUAGAUGAUUGAUAUAAAUGUUUACCCUGUAUGAAGUAUUUUACAGUUUUACUUGCAGAUGUGUAUUUAUCUUGAGUUAUACUUGACAUAGAGUUUCUUUCAAUUUUUUUUUUAAUACUAUGUGUGUAUUUUGGAAACCUUUCUAGAUGUUAAAAUUUUUGAAUGGUUACAAAUAUUUCUUGUAAUACUGAAUCGUUAUCUUAUCUGGAAACUCUUUGCAGUAACUUUUUUGUAUAUAUUUGAGGGCCUUUUUAGUAAAAAUAUUGUUUGUUCUUUGGGAAAAAGUUUUUACAACUUGGAAGCUUUCAGAAGGGCCUUCCUCUCAACUAGGAUACUAACAGAGGUAAAAGUCUUCUUAAGUAUUUUGCAGAACUAGGGAUGUAUCCUCAAGAAAAUAUUUAUGGAAGUAAUUUACUUUUUUUUUUUUUUUUUUUUUUUUUUUUU